UAGAGCUACUGUCCGGUGCAGACGGUAGAGAGGAGGGAUAUAUGAAAAAUGGACCGCAAAUUGUUCGAGGCAGCAACAUCAGGAGAUGUAAGGUUUGUACAAGAGGCAACCGAAGCUCUUGACCGGGAGGUGACCGUCGACGGGAAUUCAGUGCUCCACAUCGCAGCAAAGCUCGGGCACAUGGAGCUUGCCAAAGCUCUAUGCCUCAAGCAGCCCUCCCUCAUGAAGUCGUCCAACUCGAAAGGAGACACCCCGAUGCACUGUGCGGCAGCAGCUGGCCAUGUAGCGAUUGUGGACUUCUUCGUCGUCCACAGGGUUUUUUCGUUUGAUGAUCCCGUAUUUUCUCAAGUGUAUGGAGUACUGUGGAUGACGAAUGAUGCCGGAAACACUGCCCUCCAUGAGGCAACACGGAAUGGGCAUCGGGCGGUCGUUCAGCUACUGAUGUUGGCCGCUCCGGAUUUGGCAGACGUGGAGAACGCCACCGGGGUGUCCGCGCUCUACAUGGCAGCCGAGAGGGGAUCGGUGGAGAUUGCGAAGGAAUUGCUCAAGUCUCCGACUGUCUCGGACGUAGGACCUCGCGGCCAGACGGCACUGCAUGCAGCCGUACUCAGGAGCUACGAUAUAACAAAAAUUAUACUAGCCGAAAAGCCAAACUCCAUGAGACAUCAAGAUGCCACCAAGAGCAUUCCUCUCCAUUUUGCAGCAGCCAAUGGUGAUAUUAUGAUGGUACAGCUGCUACUUCAAUCUGACUCCAAAGCUGCUUAUAUCCGGGAUGAAGAUGGGUAUUCGACCAUACAUGUUGCGGCAAAUGCAGGACACUUGAAAAUAAUUGAGCAAGUACUGGAGUACUGUCCUGACUCAACGGGACUGACGAACAACACCGGCAGGAACUUCUUUCAUGUGGCAGUGAAGAAAAAGAAUUUAGUGGUGGUGAAGUAUGUGCUGAGAUCCCCAUGGCUCACGGAACUUGUGAAUGCACAAGACGAUGAAGGAAACACGCCCUUGCACUUAGCGGUCAUCUCCCGGAACGAAAAGAUGGUCCAAGUCUUGUUGUCCUGCGCUAGUGUAAACGCUAGUGUCAUGAACAACUCGGGACGUACUCCCGUCGACCUCGCCUCCUCAGAAGUUAGACUUGAAAUCGGCCUUCGAAUGUACAAUAUCAUGAUGGAUUUGAUGUCACAUGGAUCUCGGUUCAGCCCACAACGUAUCGAUCACAUAAGAAGUAAUUUAGAGAGGAAACAAGAUGAAGAAAUCAAUCGGUACAGGGCGUUGGCCAACAACCUUGGCAUCAUCGCGGUGCUCAUCGCCACAGUUACCUUUGCAGCCGCCUUUACCAUGCCGGGAGGAUACAAGAACGAUCCUGGACCCGAUGCGGGAACGUCCAUGCUAUCUGGCACAGCUGCUUUCAAGGCAUUUUUGAUCUCGGAUACCUUAGCGAUGGCCAGCUCUAUCAGCGUUGCGAUCAUACUCAUUCACUCUGGUUCUUUGGAUCAUGAUGUCCGCUUACGCUCUCUUAUGACUGCCAUGAGGCUGUUGUGGGUUGCAGCUGGUGGUAUGAGUGUAGCAUUUGCCACCGGUAUCUAUGUUGCGGUUGCUCAUGCCUGCGAGUGGCUUGCGGUUCUCGUAGGCGUCGUAGCCUGCAGUCUCCCCUUUGUUGCCUUUGCUGUUACUUUCUGGCCUUCUGCCGACUACUUAAGCAGGGUAACGGUUGGACUGAUUCCCUUGUUAGAUCAAAUAGGAGACAGCCGCACUUGUUCGACUUUUCUCGGUCAACUUGGACGACGUCAGAUGGGCAGUGGAAAGAGUUGGAACGACAAUUCUGUGAACUUACUGAGCCUAGAGCAAGCUCUCUUCUCGUUGCUGUUGCUGACUCAUUAUUGUUGCUUCUCCAUCUCCGGCGGCAAAAGAAAAGGCUAUCUACUACUGUUUUUCCAUCGUCAGGCCGUUGGUGCGACAAAUCUUUCCUCCUCGACGGCGGCAACUAUCUUCUCCACUACAACUCUGUGCUAACGUCUGUUCCCUUCUGCUGCGACGUCUCUAGUGUUAUGCUCACCAACACUGCCUCACCUUUCUUCCUCGUUGUAUGUCAUCGCCUCCUCUCCUCACCAGUGAAGAACUCUUUGUCAACAGAUCUCGAUUGAGAUCUAUUGCUGCUUCUCUUCCUCUGGCGGUUGCGAUUCUCUAUUCGAAGGCCGCUCUCUACUGCCCAAAUUCCCAACUGCAUAACUACUGCAUAGAGAUCUACAACUUUACAUAAUUCACAGGUCUUCUUGUUCAACGAAGACCUCAUUUGCCAACAACCAACCUCAUGUGACACUGAUCUGCAACAACACAUCUUCCUCUCUGAUCAUUGUCAUCGCUAUACAUUUCUAGUUGCUCCCACAUUUUGGUACAUAUCUUC